UGUGUGCUAUAUUUCAGUGAAAAGAGAAGAGAGGGAGAGUGGAUCUCUCUCUCCUAGGAGUUUAAACGGGGGGGGGGAUAGGUCACGUUAAUCUCUCCCACCCUGUGAAUGUCUCGGCUUCUCUCUCGACCCCCCCACCUUUCACACACUAUCUCUGGGGGUUGCCUGAUGGGGGCUUUUGUUUAUUUUCUGUUGAAGAUCGAGAUCAACUAUAAAUAAUAAUCCCUGUUAAAACGUGUUUGCGUUAUUCUAGUAUCAGAAGAAACUGCGAUUUUUGAAGAAAGAGAGAGAGAGGGAGGGAAGCAAGGCAUUAAAGUAAUCCUCUUCGGUGGUGCCACUGUUUGAUCUGUGACUCUUUGGAAGGUGGAGGAGUGACUGACAUUUCCCAUCCGGUGUGAUCAGCAUGUAUGGGGGCUUUACUCCUUUUUACUGUUUGCUUUCUUGAUGAGACCAAGUGAUGGGAGGAGAAGGAAAGACUGGAUCGACCUCGUUUUCUGCACAAUGAAAAAGCUAUUAUCAGCGCAAUAAAAACCAGCAUCGCCCAAAUCCACGAGCUUUUUUGAAACAAGCCAGCGAGCGAGAAAGUUGCGCUUUGAGACUCUUUGAUCUCGGAGAAAGGCUUGCCGGGGGGCUGGGGAGGCAGCCGAGAGGAAGAGGGUUGAAUUCAAGCGUCUCUCCGUUUGCUGUUUGCUCCAUUCUCCCCCAAGACGACGGCGAAGAAGUAAUUAAGAAAGGGUGGAGGGAGAAGAAGGAGACCGGGAGGGGAAAACGCCGGAUCAACUAAACGGAUUUGGGCUGCGCGUCGCCGGAGCGAGCCAACCCCUCCGACUUGUCCACCUCCUCCCGCUCGCAUCUUCGGCAGAGGGACCGUGGCGCGAGGCGAGCGAGCUUUGUUUGGUCUCCGAAGUAACUUUUUCAAACAGCCACGGAAAAGAAGGGAGGAGGAAAGCCCCAAGGGCGUGUGUACGCGCGCGUUGGAGGGGGGCGCGGGAAGGUCAGAAAUCAACCUUGUAAAUGAAAACAUUGCCUCCGCGAGUUUUUGGCGUGGCGACGGCGGCGGCGCUUGGCAUCCCCGCGCCCGGUCCGGGGGCAGCCGCAUCCCAGCAGCACCGCCUGCCCCCCCUUUUCAACCUCUGCUCCCCGUUGGCGUCGCCAGGAGUUGACCCGGGAGAAGGACACCCAACGAGCCGCCAGCAUCGAGCAGCGAACCCGCGCAAACUUUUCGCCCACUCCCCUCCUUCCCCUUCCCCCGCCCCUCCCGCCGGCUCUUCCCAAGCGGAAUUGGAAGUGGAAGAAGCCCUUUGGCUGCUCAGUUUCCCCAUCCCUUCCUCCCACCCCCAUUUUUGUUAGUGUUGUGUGUGUGUUUGUUUCUGCAUGAAAAGAGUGGGGAUUGGAAGAGUCCUGUGCGGAAACUCUCCAGCGGCGGCUGAGGGAGGAGGAGGUGGAGGUGGAGGAGGAGGAGGAGGAGGAGGGCGGCUGAAGAGACGGCGGCAACACCAGCAUGCCGAGGAGAAAGCAGCAAGCUCCCCGGCGCUCUGCAGCUUAUGUUCCUGAAGAAGAACUGAAAGCAGCAGAAAUUGAUGAAGAAAGUGGGGAGGAUGAUGGGCUACCUCUGGACAUCCAGGAAACUGAGUACAUGUGCAAUGAUGAAACAGAGAUCAAAGAGGCUCAGAGUUAUCAGAACUCUCCAGUCAGCACAGCAACAAAUCAAGAUGCAGGUUAUGGUUCACCAUUCAGUGAAAACAGUGACCAGCUGGCCCAUUUCAAAAGCACUUCCUCUAAAGAAGAGAGAGAAGAUCGCAAGUGCUUGGACAAUGCUUCCUAUCCACAGGACAGCUUAGCACAAAUCAAAGCUGUGUAUGCAAAUUUACUGUCAGAAUCUUGUUGGUCCGGUUUAGCUUUAGAUUUAAAAAAAUCAAAGAAUAAUGAAAACAGCCAGAAGGAAAACACCACUAACAGCAAUGCUAGUAUCAAUACCCCAAGUACAAGUGCCAGUACCAGUACCAACACUACUACCACUACAAGUAUCAGUAGUACUAGUACUAGUAACAGUAGCAGUGGUGGUUCAGGUUAUGACUGGCAUCAAGCGGCUUUGGCCAAAACUCUGCAACAGACCUCAUCGUAUGGACUUCUACCGGAACCUAGUCUGUUCAGCACAGUGCAACUUUACCGGCAAAACAAUAAACUGUAUGGCUCUGUGUUCACUGGUGCGAGUAAAUUCCGGUGCAAAGACUGUAGUGCAGCGUAUGAUACACUGGUAGAGCUUACAGUGCACAUGAAUGAAACUGGACAUUACCGGGAUGACAACCAAGAUAAAGAAUCUGAAAAAACCAAACGGUGGUCAAAGCCCAGAAAGCGAUCACUUAUGGAAAUGGAAGGCAAAGAGGAUGCCCAGAAAGUACUAAAGUGUAUGUAUUGUGGUCAUUCAUUUGAAUCUUUACAAGACUUGAGUGUCCAUAUGAUAAAAACAAAGCAUUACCAGAAAGUGCCUCUGAAGGAACCAGUACCAGCCAUCACCAAACUGGUGCCUUCUACCAAAAAGCGAGCACUUCAGGACUUGGCUUCACCUUGCUCACCUGAGCCAACAGCAAUCAUGUCAGAGACCACACUCAGUGAAGCAGCAAAGGAUCAGAAAACUGCCAAUCCGUAUGUAACUCCCAAUAAUCGCUAUGGCUAUCAAAAUGGUGCUAGCUACACAUGGCAGUUUGAGGCCCGCAAAGCUCAGAUACUAAAAUGCAUGGAAUGUGGCAGCUCUCAUGACACUUUGCAGCAGCUUACUGCUCACAUGAUGGUCACAGGACAUUUUUUGAAAGUAACAAAUUCUGCCUCCAAGAAAGGAAAACAGCUAGUAUUGGACCCUGUGGUAGAAGAAAAGAUACAGUCCAUACCUUUGCCACCUACAACUCACACAAGAUUACCAGCCACAAAUAUUAAAAAGCAGCCAGAUUCACCUGCUGGAUCUACAACUUCUGAAGAAAAGAAGGAGCCAGAAAAGGAAAAGGUGAUUGUUACUGAAACAGACAAAAAAAUUAAAGAAGAAAAUGAGGAUUCUGCAGAAAAAUUUGAGCCAACAACUGUAUACCAGUACCUCAGAGAAGAGGAUCUAGAUGAAAGUCCAAAAGGUGGAAUAGACAUAUUGAAAUCUCUGGAGAACACAGUGACCACAGCUAUAAGCAAAGCUCAGAAUGGAGCACCUUCCUGGGGAGGCUACCCUAGCAUUCAUGCAGCUUAUCAGCUUCCAGGAACUGUUAAAUCCAUUCAGCCAACUGUGCAGAGUGUUCAGAUUCAGCCAUCAUAUGCUAGCAGUGUAAAGUCCUUGUCUUCAGAACACAAUGCACUGAUCCAUUCCCCAGGCAACCUGACACCCCCUCCUCAUAAAAGUAAUGUCUCUGCCAUGGAAGAGCUAGUGGAGAAGGUCACAGGCAAAAUCAAUAUUAAAAAAGAAGAAAAGCCUUCAGAGAAAGAAAAAUGUUCUCCGGUCAAGCCAUUGUCCCCUGCUCCUAAGGAGAACAAAGACUUUCCAAAAUCAGAGGAAAGCAACAAGCAACAGCAACUACAUCAGCAGCCACAGCAGCAAAAACAGAGUCCUGAAGCUGAGGUUCAGAAGGUCAAAAAGGAUGGUCUAACUGACCCUCAUGCACUUAAUGGUACUGAACUACCUAAAGCAAAAGUCACAAAUGGCUGUAAUAACUUGGGUAUCAUUACAGACCAUUCACCAGAGCAAUCAUUCAUUAACCCACUGAGUGCUUUGCAAUCCAUCAUGAAUACCCACUUAGGCAAAGUGUCUAAUCCCGUAAGUCCUUCUUUGGAUCCUUUGGCCAUGUUAUAUAAAAUUAGUAACAGUAUGUUGGACAAACCUAUUUACCCCACAACUCCGGCCAAGCAGGCUGAGGCUAUUGACCGGUACUAUUAUGAGAACAGUGAUCAGCCUAUUGAUUUAACAAAGUCCAAAAACAAACCACUGAUUUCCAGUGUGACUGACUCUGUCUCAUCUCCUUUAAGAGAAAGCGCCCUAAUGGAUAUUUCUGACAUGGUAAAAAACCUCACAGGGCGCUUGACUCCCAAAUCUUCGACUCCAUCUUCUGUGUCAGAAAAAUCUGAUGCAGAUGGAAGUAGCUUUGAAGAGGCUUUGGAUGAACUGUCUCCAGUACACAAGAGGAAGGGUAGGCAGUCAAACUGGAACCCUCAGCAUCUUCUUAUCCUUCAAGCCCAGUUUGCUUCCAGUUUGAGGGAAACACCUGAAGGCAAAUAUAUUAUGUCGGACCUAGGACCACAAGAGCGGGUUCAUAUCUCGAAGUUUACUGGUCUUUCCAUGACCACGAUUAGCCACUGGCUGGCCAAUGUGAAGUAUCAGUUAAGGAGGACAGGUGGAACUAAGUUUUUAAAGAAUUUGGAUACAGGUCAUCCUGUUUUCUUUUGCAAUGAUUGUGCCUCUCAAUUCAGGACUGCUUCCACAUACAUAAGUCACUUGGAGACACAUUUAGGGUUCAGUUUGAAGGAUCUGUCCAAAUUGCCACUUAAUCAGAUACAAGAACAGCAGAAUGUUUCCAAGGUCCUCUCAAAUAAGACUUUAGGCUCACUUGGAAUUGCCGAGGAGGACUCAGGCUCCACAUUCCAGUGUAAGCUCUGUAAUCGAACUUUUGCAAGCAAGCAUGCAGUAAAACUGCACCUUAGUAAAACCCAUGGGAAGUCCCCCGAGGACCAUCUGAUCUAUGUAACUGAGUUAGAAAAACAUUAGCGUCCAGGUAAGCAACCAGGUAUGCAAGUGACCACAGGAACAUUGCACUAAACUUCAUAGUACUGCACUAGGCCUGACCUGAGCCUCUGAAAUCAGUCUUACUUUUGUUGCUGAACUGCCUGUCUGGAGCUUGGUUUUUCUUACAUACGUUUUGUAGUUAUAUUUAUAUGCUCUCUGUCUGAUCUGUGCAUGUUUUUAAAACCUUUUUUUCCUUCCCCCCCCCCUCUUUUUCUGUGAGUCAAAGUCUGACCUUUAUUUUCAACAUCUGUCCUUGAUGUUAAGCUAUCUUUUGUAGACUAUAGUGGGAGACACUAUUGAGAGACAUUAAUUUAGCGGUAAAGAAAGACACAAAGAACAAUAACAAAAAGGCAUUCUAAAAUUACAAAGUUGCCAUGACAAUAAAGGUCACAGAACCCUGUAGUGUCAGUUUUUAACCCUCUGAGGACUAUAAUAGUAUUCUGUGCCUUUCCCAAAAGAAGGUGUGUUUUUUAAAAAGGCAUUUCAUCCUAAUACAACUGGGUCAAAUUCACGUACAUUUAAUAGAUUUUCGAAUGUCAAAAAGCCUUUUUUUUAAUGCAGUCUGAUUUGCGAAGAAAAGAUGCAUGCCAUUCUUGAAUAAUGAUAAAAAGUGAUCAAGUGCUCAAGGAGUUAGAGAACCACAACCCAUGUUUAAAAAAAUAAAAAUAACAAACCAAUUUGCCACUAUGCCCAAACCCUCUGAAUGCUGAACAUUGCCACUUGAAUGGCAUAAAAAGUAUGCAAGUUAUUUAAAAAAAAUGUAAAAAUGCUAUUUCUUUUUCCUGUAAGAUACUGCAGUUUAUAGUUAUUUACAAAUGUAAGCUUUGGUACAAGCUGACCUUUCUAUAGUGUGCUGCAUUGGUACAUGAAAAUGAAACAAAACAACAAAAAAAAUGGGGCAAGUGUUGGAUUCUGUUCCUUGUAAAUUGCCAGCAUCAGCUUAGGUUAAAAAAAAAGUACGUGUUGCAUAUUGUACCAUUUUAAAUUGUUCAACUUCCUUUGUACCUUCUGGCUGUAUGCUUUCUCUCUUAACUUUUUAUAUUGUCAUUUUAUAUUCAAUUUCUGUGUAUAUAAUGUAAAAACAUACUUUUUUGAAUAAAAUUGAGUUCCUGCAGCUUGAGUUAAAUAGAGAAAUUUUACUGGCACCUGCAUCUUCCCAGAUGCAUGUACUCAAAGGAGCUAUCUGACAAAAUAAAUAAAAAAUAAAGCAAACAAUGCACUAUGAAUUAUACAUUUUGAUGUUUUAUCAUUAAUAUUGUACAGUACCUUUUUGGUUCACGCAAUGAAAUCCACUGUUUUCUCAAAUGUAAAAUAAACCCACAUGCAGUUCUUGA